AUGGGAGAAGGUGAUUCUGAAAACAGCUUUGGCAAAACCACUACUCAGCCUGAGGUCGACCCUGACAGGCCAAGGACUCAAAAGUCUAGCAGUCCCACUCGAGGAUGGAGGUUCUACACGAUCAUAACAUCUCUCUGUGUUUCGAGCUGCCUGGUCGCACUGGAGGGGACGGUAGUCUCAACAGCACUACCCUCCAUCUCUCGUGAUCUUGGGGGAGGAGAGGCCUUUCUCUGGGUACCAAACGCAUACUUCCUAUCUGCCACUGCGUUUCAACCACUAUACGGUCAAUCAGCGAACAUCUUUGGCCGCAGAUGGCUGAUGAUCUCGGCCUUGGUAUUCUUCAUACUCGGUAGUGGUAUCAGUGGCGGCGCAUCGUCCAUGGGGAUGCUGAUUGCGGGACGCACGAUUCAGGGUGUCGGCGGUGGAGGUUGCUCGAUGCUCAUCGAUCUCAUCAUCUCUGACAUGGUGCCUGUUCGCCAACGUGGUGCGGUCAUGGGCUACAUCUUCGGUGCGGCGACGGUCUGUACCGCACUUGGACCUUUCAUCGGCGGUGUCUUCGUACAAGAAGCAACCUGGCGCUGGGUCUUCUACCUCAACUUGCCUAUCGCCGGCGUCGCCCUCCUCCUCGUCGUGCUAUUUCUGCACAUGGAAUACAAAAGACCGGCAUCGUGGAAUUCUGCGCUAGCAAGAGUUGACGUUGUUGGCAAUGGCAUCUUUGUGGCGGCCACAGUUGCAAUACUCUCCGCUCUGACUUACGCUGGGACAGAGUACUCCUGGUCUUCGUGGAGAAUCAUCCUCCCCUUGGUUCUAGGAUUCGUGGGUCUUGGACUGUUCUUCGUAUACGAACAGACGCCGUGGUGCAUCGAGCCAACCAUGCCUUCGAAGCUCUUCGCGGACCGGACGGCGGCAGCAGCGUUCUUCUUGACGUUCUUGCACAUGCUGUUGCUUUAUUGGGAGGUCUACUUCCUGCCGCUCUACUUCCAGGCUGUGAAGAAGUCUUCUCCAACACGAUCAGGAGUUCAACUACUGCCGACAGUCAUCAACCUGAUGGUAUUCGCAGGCGUCGGUGGAGGAGUCAUGGAAAAGUACGGCCGUUAUCGAGAAAUCCACGCCAUCGCAUUCGCCCUAAUGGCCAUCGGCUUUGGCUUAUACAUCUUGCUCGACGCCAGCUCGUCCACCGCUGAAUGGGUCAUCUUCCAAUUGAUCUUCGGCGCUGGCGCAGGCUUGCCGAUUGGUGUCCUCCUUCCUGUAGCUCAAGGCGCGCUGCACGAAGAGCUCACCGCUGUUGCAACAGGCACUUGGGCGGUUCUGCGUAGUUUUGGAACUCUCUGGGGCAUUACCAUUGCCACUGUUGCCUUCAACAGUCGUUUCUCAGACUACGACCGCAACAUCGCAAACUCGACGGUGCGCGAGAAGUUGUCGCAUGGCCGGGCGUACGAAUAUGGUACUCGGGCGUUCAUCAACUCGCUCGCAGACGAUCCUGCUUUGCAGAAUCAAGUCAUUCGGGCGUACAGCGACAGCAUCCGACUGACAUGGGAAGUCGCAACAGGUCUCGCUGGAUUGGCGUUCCUGGUCGUCUUUGCACAGCGUCGUAUUCAGCUGCGCACAGAGUUGGACACAGAAUUCGGCAUGGUUCGAUCACCUGCAAACACCGACGAGGUGCAGAAUGAGUCUGAGAAAGGAGAGGUGGCUGAAGCCUCGGCUUAG